AUGCUGACGAUGGAUUCUGGCUAUGAUGUUGGCAUCGAAGACGAUGUUGAGUAUCCUAGUAAAUCAUAUAACGGGUGGAAUUAUAAAAAAGAUUUUGGUGAAGAUACUUUGAAAAAGCUUUAUCGAGACCGGGAAGCUCGUCAACGUUUUAUCCUUCUUAGACUAUUUACCAUGCGCCUUCCCAAUAUAUCUGAUCAAGCAAAAAAUGGAUUAUUUAUCGCAUUUUCUAGAUCUAAUUCAUUUGGUGUAUUAGAACACAACGCAUUAUUGGAUGCUCUAGCCCAUCCUGUGAAAGGUUUAAAUCUUUUCGAAUACGAUGAACUCGG